AACAAAACAAAUAAUUAAGAUUGACAAAUUGAAAAGCCCGAAAACGAUUCAGCCUCAACGGAGAUUCGCCAGAGUGGAUUAACAUUUUUGUUUCGACCAAGACAAGAACCGAGAGCCCAACAAUGCAAGUGGAGUCCAGCUACCCGAAAUACGCCGGACGUGUGCCUCCGCUGGACCUGUCCCAGGUGAACGCCACCCAGGACCUGUGGAGUGGCAGUGGAGUGGCCAGCACACCCUCCUCGAAGCGGCACCUCCACCACCCCUACCAGAUGCUGGACAAGUGCCGAGGCGGCGGAGUGGUGUCCCUGAUCAGCAAUAGCUCCGCCACCUCCGACGACAACAACAAUCGACUUCUGGGCAUGGAAGACGGGGGCAUGACCAGCCUGCUGCAUCCCAUGGGCUCCGACGGCCUGCCCCUGGAUCCGCGCGACUGGACGCGAGCGGAUGUCUGGAAGUGGCUCAUCAACAUGGCCGUCUCCGAGGGCCUGGAAGUGACGCCCGAACUGCCCCAGAAGUUCCCCAUGAACGGCAAGGCCCUGUGCCUCAUGAGUCUGGACAUGUACCUGUGCCGCGUCCCCGUCGGCGGCAAGAUGCUCUACCGUGACUUCCGGGUGCGACUCGCCCGGGCCAUGGCCCUGCUCUCAUAAUCCGCAUCUCGCGGAUACACGCAGCUAUCCCUCAAACGGUUGUACAUAUGUAUCUCUAGGGUUCGUUUAGCCUAAACUAUUUACUAAAGUUAGUUGUAAUGCCUAGUCGGUAGAUAUUCGUUAGCUAAGUCCUUAGCCAUAAUUGAUUCUGCAUUUCAAUGUUGUCAGAGAUUGCUCCGCGGAAGAGCAGUUCGAAUGCUGUCCUAUUAGCGUGCUAAGUUUUGCAUCCGACGAUGAAAAUAUAAAUAU